AUGGCGGGUGGAACGGGCGAGAAGCUUACCACGGCGACCACCAUUGUUGCUGGCGUUGCGGCUUUGGUAGCGACACUCCUGUCAGCUGUUUCAAUUCUAUUGCAAUCGUACGUUAUCUUGUGGUGUACUCGUGGACACACAGCUGUUGAUACGGAUACAGGAAAAACUACCGGAAGCCGCUCCUCCAACGUUAUGUUGCUCGCAUUCUGCUUAUGUACGUCUGUCGAUUACCAAGUUAAAGAUACCAGACCAAUGCUUAAUUAUCCCAGGGUUCCCAUAUACUCGAUCGCUUCAUGGACUAGUAUGAUCUCCAUCAAGGCCGCCUCAUUCCUAGACCCAAUUCGCGACAUAUACGAGGCCUUCACCAUCUACACCUUUUUCCAGCUUCUAAUCAACUACCUUGGUGGGGAGAGGGCGUUGAUCAUCAUGACCCAUGGUCGAGAGCCCGUUCACCACCUUUGGCCGAUGAACCAUGUUCUCCCACGAGUAGACAUAUCGGACCCUCACACAUUCCUGGCUAUUAAGCGUGGGAUUCUUCAAUAUGCUUGGCUGAAGCCUAUGCUAGCUUUGGCAACAAUCAUUAUGAAGGCUACUGGGACUUACCAAGAAGGCUACAUUGGUGUUGAGUCGGGCUAUUUCUGGAGUAGCCUGAUCUACAACAUCAGUGUGACGGUGAGCCUAUACUCGCUCGGCUUGUUUUGGGUUUGUAUGCACCGCGACCUCUUGCCGUUCCGGCCAGUGCCUAAGUUCUUGUGCAUCAAGCUUGUUAUUUUCGCCUCUUACUGGCAGGGGUUUCUUCUUUCUAUACUCGUCUGGCUGGGAGCGAUUCCCGACAAUGUCGAGGGCUAUUCUCCUGACAACUUGGCUGCAGCCAUUCAAGACGCUUUAAUCUGCAUCGAAAUGCCAGGCUUUGCCAUCGCCCACUGGUAUGCCUUCUCUUGGCACGAUUUCGCGGACAACAACAUCCUAUCCGCCAGAAUGCCAGUGAAAUUCGCCUUUCGCGACGCCUUUGGCAUUAGGGAUCUUAUCGAAGACUCGAAAGAGACCUUCAAAGGCGAUAAAUAUGGAUACCGUGCUUUUGACUCAGGUGAUAAAAUAAUGGCUCACGAAGAGUCUCGUGCCAGACUUGGCAGACUCAAAGAAGGCAUGCGAUAUUCAAGAGGCGGUAAGGGCAAGUACUGGAUACCAACUCCUGGCCAGGUGGAUCGCCAGGUUAAUCGCGACAUGAACGAGCGGGAUCCCUUGCUAGUAGGAACCGCGGGUGGCCCCAGCGAGGAAUAUAAUUAUGCCAACGGUACUUUCAACGACGACCUUGCCAAUGAUCCUCAAAUUGAUCCCGAUGAGGAGCAACUCUACGACAAGGCACGCGAACUAGAGUUUGGUGAUUGGAAUUAUCCCGUCAUCACAGCAAGUGAGCCAUUGAGCAAACGGUAUAUGUCUUCUCAGGGUAGCUUGGGCUUCGCAUCCUCGUCUCGGUCAACCACGGAAUAUCUGCCACGGUCAACUCGCCCUCAUGAGCCGAUAGUGGUUGCCAGCAAGAAAAACAAAAAGAAGCAAAAGCAAAAGCAAGACCCAGUUGCAAGUUCAAGAUCCGCGUCAUCUCCAGAUCGGUCCGAAUCGGGUCCUUCAACUAAGCAGCAAAGCCCACCGCCUAAUCCAGCAAAAGCACCCGCUCAGACGACUACGCCUCAAUCUCUAUCAGGCGUCCAGCAAGAGGCAAUUAAGGAGCAAGAGUCUCCUCACCUACAAGAGGCCAUAGCAUCACCCUGGGCAGAGAGCGAACAAGGCGAUGAUUUCAAUGACAACUUCCGUGUAGGAGACGAUGAAGAGUUUAAGAACGUAUGGGGUGGAGCCGAUGAAUCCCGUUGA